UUGCAUUUUACUGGCACUUUCUCUUCAAGCAAAGCACCGGAAGGUGAGCAGAACGUCUAAUGGCGUUCUGCUCCGGUCCUUCGCUCGCUUCGGUGAUCCGACCUCGCAGAAAUCCUCCUGUCAACCCGCUUCCGGCAGGCUUUUUCCACCGAGUUCACUUCUCCGUCUCUCUGAAGAACUUUGUGUCGACGAGUAUGGAUUGCAAUGGAUCCGCACAUAGGAUCUCCGUUGUCUGUGCAAGUGCCGAUGCGGCAUCUACCGAGGAGAUGAGUCCUUCUUCAUCCAGGAUCUUUGUCAAAGGAUUGUCCCGCUCUACUUCUGAAGGAUACUUGUUGAAGCAAUUUUCACAAUUUGGAGAAAUAAGAAAAGUAAAAAUUAUUACAAGCAGAGGUUCCAAGGAGUCCUUGGGGAUGGCAUAUAUAUGGUUUGCCUGUACAGAAUCAACAAAAUUGGCUAUUAAGGAGAUGAAUGGCAAGUUUGUUGAUGGCAGGUUUAUUGCAGUGAUGAUGUCUAGGCCUGAAGCCCCAACAAAGCAGGUAAAGUUUAUGCCUUACAGGUUCUAAUUGGAAACGGUAGCUAUAUUUAUUGUGGGUUUUAAGCAUUUAGAGUACUAAUAUGCUGUUGAGAUGCACCGAGCAUAUAGAAAAUUUCCAUUUAUUCACUGAAAAAAAUUUCAAAGCUUUGUUUGAUGUGAAUGUUACUGUAAGAAAUUUGAAGUUUGGAGUUUUAGUAGACAUGAGCUUCAAUAAUUAGUUUUUUUUAUGAGUUUUCUUAAUUAAGAAAGUUAUUUAGCUGUGUAUAAUAAACUAUUUGUUCAUGCAACAAAGGUUUAAGAAAA